GGAUGGAUGGAUAGAUAAGGGGAUGGGUAGAUAGACAGAUGGAUGGAGGAGCAGGAAGGAGGGCUGGGGCUACGUAGGGAAGAGCGAUGGGCAGCUAGGCAAAGAAACCUGGAUGGACAGAUGGACGCGUGAGGGUCCAGGGGGGUGCACGGCUAGCUCGGGAGGCAGCUGAGCAGACAGACAGAGGGACGGACCGGCAGGCUCCGGGGCAGGGGCUAGUAGCCCCCAGGAGGCCUGUGCCCGGCCACGCCGCAGAGGAGGCCCCUCACCUCCCGCUGCACCCCCCCGAGGGGGGCCCCGAUGCCCUGCGCCCGCCAUGGCCUGCCUGCACGAGACGAGGACGCCGUCGCCCUUGCUGGGCGCGGGGCUGGGUGCGGCAGCAGCCAGCACGCCGGAGGAGCAGGAACUGACGCCCACGCAGUGCGUACUGCGCGACGUGGUGCCCAUGCAGGGCGGCGGGCACAGCCCCACACCCAGCGACGACGCCCGCCAGCCCUUCGCCAACAGCGUCCUGGCCCUGCACGAGGCUGAUGGCGGUGCCGGGGUCGGCAGCCCCAAUGGGCGCCAGGGCCGGGCCCAGGCCGACCAGAUGCGGCUGCACUGCCAGGCUGGCGGCGGGUUCCUCGAGGGACUCUUCGGCUGCCUCAAGCCCGUCUGGACCAUGAUCGGCAAGGCCUACGCCACCGAGCACAAGCAGCCCCAGGAGGACCCGUGGGAGGUGCCCUUCGAGGAGAUCCUGGACCUGCAGUGGGUGGGCUCCGGGGCACAGGGCGCCGUUUUCCUGGGCCGCUUCCACGGCGAGGAGGUGGCCGUCAAGAAGGUGCGAGACCUCAAGGAGACCGACAUCAAGCACCUGCGCAAGCUCAAGCACCCCAACAUCAUCACCUUCAAGGGUGUAUGCACGCAGGCGCCCUGCUACUGCAUCAUCAUGGAGUUCUGCGCCCAGGGGCAGCUGUACGAGGUGCUGCGGGCCGGGCGCAAGGUCACGCCCUCGUUGCUGGUUGACUGGUCCAUGGGCAUCGCCGGUGGCAUGAACUACCUGCACCUGCACAAGAUCAUCCACCGCGACCUCAAGUCCCCAAACAUGCUGAUCACCUACGACGAUGUGGUGAAGAUCUCGGACUUCGGCACCUCCAAGGAGCUGAGCGACAAGAGCACCAAGAUGUCCUUCGCCGGCACCGUGGCCUGGAUGGCGCCCGAGGUCAUCCGCAACGAGCCCGUCUCUGAGAAGGUUGACAUCUGGUCCUUCGGGGUGGUGCUGUGGGAGCUGCUGACGGGCGAGAUCCCCUACAAGGACGUGGACUCCUCGGCCAUCAUCUGGGGCGUGGGCAGCAACAGCCUCCACCUUCCUGUACCCACCGGCUGCCCCGACGGCUUCAAGAUCCUUCUGCGCCAGUGCUGGAACAGCAAGCCCCGGAACCGGCCGUCCUUCCGGCAGAUCCUGCUGCACCUGGACAUCGCCUCCGCCGACGUCCUCUCCACCCCCCAGGAGACCUACUUUAAGUCCCAGGCGGAGUGGCGGGAGGAGGUGAAGCUGCACUUCGAGAAGAUCAAGUCGGAGGGGACGUGUCUGCACCGGCUGGAGGAGGAGCUCAUCAACCGGCGCCGCGAGGAGCUCCGGCACGCGCUGGACAUCAGGGAGCACUAUGAGCGCAAGCUGGAGCGAGCCAACAACCUGUACAUGGAGCUCAACGCCCUCAUGCUGCAGCUCGAGCUUAAGGAGAAGGAGCUGCUCCGGCGGGAGCAGGCGCUGGAGAAGAAGUACCCAGGGCUGUUCAAGCCUCACGCACCGCGCGGGCUGCUGCAUGGCAACACCGUGGAGAAGCUCAUCAAGAAGCGCAACGUGCCCCAGAAGCUGUCGCCCCACAGCAAGAGGCCGGACAUCCUGAAGACGGAGGUGCUGCUGCCCAAGCUCGAUGCAGCCAUGGCCCAGGUCUCGCUGCCCAGCUGCGCCAAGGGCCCUACGUCGCCGGGCCGCAGCCGGCGCGCCAAGCCCCGCUACCGGAAGGCCAAUGCCAAGGGCAGCUGCGGGGAGCUGGUUGGGCCCCCCCCGAGCACACCAGCCUGCCCGGAGCCUGGAGCGCCGAGCCGGGGGCACCUGGAGCCCUGCGCGGCACUGCGGGGGCUGCAGCACGACCUGCUGCUGCGCAAGAUGUCGUCGUCCAGCCCCGACCUCAUCAGUACCACGCUGGAGGCCGAGGCCCGCAAGGGCGCUGCACCCCCAGGCCCCGAGUCGCCUCCGGCCGAGCAGCCACGCAGCGAUACGCCCAGCGAGGACACGGCCUCCGUGCCCUGUUCCAGCAGCCCCGACUCACCCUCGACUCGCACGGGCGCAGCCGGACCCCCUGCCCGGGCACCCCCUCCCGGGCUCCUGGGCCUGGCACCACGGCCGUCCCCGGGCCCCGAGGAGGAGGCGGCUGCAAGCAGGGGGGGGCGGGCACCAGCCGCGCAGCCCCAGCAUCUGACGCCGGCCGCCCUGCUGUACCGUGCUGCCGUCACCCGCGGCCAGAAACGCGGGGUGUCGUCAGAGGAAGAGGAGGGCGAGGUGGACAGCGAGGUGGAGCUGCCUCUUAGGCAGAGGUGGCCGCAGGGCCGGAGCAAGCGGCCCUCGCUGUCAACCUUCAGCUCAGAGAACUGCUCAGACGGGGAUGGGGACGAGGGCCCGGGCAGCGCCAGCGAGGCCUCGCCCAGCGCGACACCCGACGUGGGCAGCACCAACACGGACGAGCGGGCGGACGACCGCUCCGACGACCUGCUGUCCCAGGGCUCCGAGCUGCCCCUCGACCUGCCCCUGGGCCUGUCUGACGGGCUGUCCGAGAAGGAGGCUGCUGUCCGCCACGUCCGCAGCCAGCUCGGCGCCACCGAGGUGCUGGAUGGGGAUGCGGGCGAGGACUCAGACUGCGACAGCGCGGAGCUGGACCACUCGGGCAGCGGCGAGGCGCACAGAGCAGGCGCCCCCGGCUCGUGAUCCUCCUCCCCCCUCACACUGCUGUACAGACCCCCCCCAAAUAUUUAUAUACAUCCUCUAUAAAGCUCUAUAUAAAGCUCUAUCACGCAGCAGCGCCCCCCCCAAUCACUCCCCUGCGCCCAACGGGUCCUUCCCCAGCCAGGAUUUUUGGGGAGGGGAGUACAGGGGGGGCAGUGGGGUUCAGUCCGUGUGUGCAGCACCCACCCACCCAGGCCAGGGCAGCAUCUGGGACCAAGGGGGCUGUGUUCCUCCUCACCCCCACCCUUAACCUUUCGAGGGGUGGUGGUCAGCCCAUCUGAGCCAUGCGAGCCCCUGCUGGACCCCUCCCCGGUCAGAGCCAAACCUCUGUGCCCACCCCCCAAAGCACUGCACUUUUCAGUUGUAAUUUAUUUCUGAUGAAUGAUACAUUGCACUCGUGGGCAGGGGGCUGCUUCCAUGCCCCCCCAUCAGGUGAAAGCUGCUGGGGAGCAGGGCACUGGGGACAGCUUUGCCCCCCUCACCUUGCAUUGAGUUUGUGGGGAAGGGUCACUGCAGACAGGACCAGAAGGGCCAGAGUCCUGGCCCCCCUUCAGACUGCCCCUUGAAAGUGUAGCUGUGCCCCCCCCUCCCCCAGGACCAUCAUACCCCAGUGCCCCAGACUGGCAGCACUGGACUCACCAGCACCAAAGCACCCCCUCCCCCUUCUUAUAGCAUGGCCCCCCCCACUGUUGCCCCCAGGAAACCAGGCACAGAGGAUGCCCCCCCACCCCCAUGCCCUUCUUCCUGUGGACUGGGUGGCCACUUCGGCUCUGGGGCCAAGCCAUACCUCGCAGCAGCCAGGCUGGGCCCCCUGCCUCCCAUCCCCUGUGGCACAGCCACAGCUGUACUAUAGCCCAUGUCUGUAGUCCGUCUGUCUGGGUGUCACACUGCUAGCGCGUCCCCACACGCAGGGUUCGAUUAAAGACCGUUUUGUAUGGAAA